GAGCCGUGAUGGAGACCAUUCACGGGUCUACGGUCUAAAUACAUAAUCGUCGCAUCUUUUCGUACCAUUUCUUUUUGACCACCAUGACCAUGUCGACGAGCAGGCGUUCUCCCUUGGAUAUUUGCUCACAAGCCAAUGACGAACAUUGCCAGCUGAGCGUGCGCUUCAACGACCAAUGCGUCCUCAUCCCUAAGCAUCCUCACCGUCACCGUCUACCAAGGAUGGUAACCAAGUCUUAUUCUUUGCCGUUAUGGAAGAGGCGUUCGUCGAACUCAGGCGGGCCGUCGUCGUCUCCGGAAACAGAUGCCUUCGUGCCAGAAGAUAGUCAUGUCGUUCUGCGAGUUCCGAUUCCUAGUUUCUCCAGUAAAGCGCAAUCUCCUACCCGUACUCGUAAUCCAGGCCCUAAGCCGCUCUCCCCUUGUCUGGUUCAACGUUCCCCAUCUGGUAUUUCUGCCCCCGGGUCUCCCCAGAGUCCACGACGCCCAACACGCACAGCGUCAUUGUCGCCUUCUCGCUCAGAUCUCAUCACCAUUCCGCUGCGACCAUGCUGCGCGGGGUGUGAAGCCGUGAUGGAGGCAUCUUUGUCGCAGGGAGAUACUUGGACGGAACACUUCUCUCGGUCUGCACGCAGACGGCGCUCGCUUAGCGCAGAUGAGGGACCGCGGACUAUCACAGUCGAAGGGAGCGUCGCUGCUGCAUCCUUUGGGCUCGGUCGCAGUGCUUCGAUCAGCGUGGAUGAGAUUGAUAAGCGUCGGCGGUCAAGCGAAUUGGUGGCGACGGCGCCAACGUGGUUAAACGAGGAGGGAGAGAAUGCCAUGGUUAAUACGGAGUGCUCGUUAUCGCCGCUGCGCAUACCGAAUUUCACUGUGCCAUCUACUCCUCGGAUACCAGAGGAAGAUGAUGCCGAGGAUGAUGAAGACCAACUCUUCCCUCUCCCGUCGCCUCGUCGGUCGCCUGGGACAUCUCCAGCACCGAGCCCAUCUGCUUCUGCAUCAUGCAUUGGGCUUGGCAGGCCGAGUGGGAGUCCAGUGCCGUCGAAUUCAUCGUCGGUCAGCUUAGGCACAAAGAUGAACAAAGAUCACUUCCUUGCACCACCUGUUUCAAGGUCGUCUUCAUCUCUUUCGCUUGCAAAGACAGCCGAGUCCGAUGAAAAUUUACCACGUGCACCAUCGCCUCAUGUCCUUGCCACGGCUACUUCGAUCUCCGCACGCCCUUUCAGUCGCUCCCCGUCGCCGCAGACCACAUGUGUUCCCUCCAUUUCAAUACCCUCGUCUACUUGGACAGAGGAGCUCGGUGCGGGUGUAGAUAGAAAGCAACCACCACUCACUGUUCCCUCCUCUGCCUGUACUCCCGUGUCCACUUCUUUCCACACGCCAAUGGGUUCUGGAUCACAUAAUUCCACACGUUCGCUUGUUCACUCCUCACCAUCCACCUCGCCAAACCUCUCGACUUCCCUGCAUAAAAGACGUCACGCCUCAUUUUCAUUAGCUCGCCCCCGGCAUAUUAUUGCCGAUGUCCUUCGCGGGGUGGGUGUAGUAGGAAGUGGGGCUGGUGGUAUCGGGCUUCGUGUUUAGGCUAGCGUUAUUUUCUGUGUGCCAACCAAACAGUCGUCGAGUCCUUAUGGGCGUUCUGUUUUCCCUGGUAAAUUUCUGUGCAAAAUUUCUUACUUUUUUUGUCCAUUUUGAUUCACAAAUUUCUCAUCCAUUCGAGCGCGUUCUCACUCUAUUAGUACUGGCAUGCAUAUACUGCCCCUUCCUCCAUUUCGCGCUCCAUUGUAUCAUCAACCCAAAUUAUCUCUUCUUUCGUGUGCUUAGUAUAUUCGUCCAUACCCGAUUAUAUGAUACUGUUGUAUUAAUGCAGCAAAUUCACGGCUUUUUGUCACAUG